AUGCAUGUACUCGCUACAAUUCUGGCUGUCGCCACUGUAGUACAGGCACACUAUACUUUCCCACGUCUCGUUAUAGAAGGAAAGCCAGAGGAUAAAGACUGGUCUUCGACCCGCGAGACCAAGAACGCAAAUACCAAGCAAGGCAUUGAGAACCCCACCGUUGCUGACAUUCGCUGCUACACUUCCAAAACCGCGCCAAAUAUUGCAAUUGUGCCAGCCGGGUCAACCGUCCACUAUAUCUCGACGCAACAAGUCAACCACCCAGGACCGACACAAUACUAUCUUGCAAAGGUUCCAGACGGCAAGGAUGUAAAGAGUUGGGAUGGGAGUGGCGCAGUGUGGUUCAAGAUCAGCACUACGAUGCCGAGCGUAAAUGCGCAGAAGCAGAUGAGCUGGCCAGGACAGAAUGAGUAUACUACUCCCAACACAACAAUUCCUGCUACGACACCCGCGGGCGAGUACCUGCUUCGCGUUGAACACAUAGCACUACACAUGGCUAUGCAAGCCAACAAAGCGCAGUUCUACCUCGCCUGCUCGCAGAUCAAAAUUACCGAGGGAGGAAGCGGGGUCCCUGGACCUCUUGUUGCAUUGCCUGGCGCAUACAACGAGCAAUUGAGUCGUGAGAUUGCACAGCGCGUGAAAUCUGAGCCACCCCUCAUCGGCUCCGCUUCUCCAUGGGCAAUUGAAAACCCACCCGCCGCCCCGUCCAUUCCCUUUUCUUCGUUCCUCGUUCUCACGAUGACAACUACCGUUGUGCUCGGGGCCCAAUGGGGCGACGAAGGCAAGGGCAAGCUCGCCGACAUACUCGCUCACGAAUCGCAAAUCUGCUGCCGCGCCCAAGGCGGUAACAACGCCGGACACACCAUCGUCGCGAACGGCGUGACGUACGAUUUCCAUAUCCUCCCCAGUGGUCUUGUAAACCCCGGCUGCAUCAACGUCAUCGGAAGUGGCUGCGUCGUCCACGUGCCGAGCUUCUUCAAGGAAUUGGAGGCGCUGGAGAAACAUGGCUUGAACACUGAAGGAAGGAUAUUCAUCUCGGACAGAGCACAUGUCGUCUUCGACGUCCACCAGAAGGUGGAUGGUCUGGAAGAAGUGGAACUGGGUGGUGGCAUGAUUGGCACAACCAAGAAGGGUAUUGGCCCAACCUACAGCACCAAGAUGACCAGGAGCGGUCUCCGCAUGUGCGAUCUGUUCGACGAGCAGAUCUUCGAGACGAAGCUCAGGAGGUUAGCCUCGGGAUUCCAGAAGCGAUACGGUGAUCUGCUCAAGUACGACGUGGAUGCGGAGAUUGCGCAGUACAAGACUCUGCGCGAGAAGCUUGCUCCCUAUGUCGUCGACCAGAUCCCACUCCUCGCAUCGGCCAAGGAGAAGAACGCUAAGAUUCUAGUAGAAGGUGCGAACGCGCUGAUGCUAGACAUUGACUACGGAACAUACCCCUUCGUCACAUCAUCGAACACAGGUAUUGGAGGUGUCAUCACAGGUCUCAACUUGGGCUGGCGGUCACUGAAGGAGGUCAUCGGUGUAGUGAAGGCCUACACCACACGUGUCGGAUCCGGACCCUUCCCUACUGAGCAGCUGAACGAGCUGGGCGAGAAGCUCCAAUCGGUAGGCCACGAAGUUGGCGUCACAACCGGUCGCAAGCGCCGCUGCGGCUGGCUCGACCUUGUUGUCGUCAAGCACUCGCACGCCUGCAACGACUACACCGCCAUCAACCUCACCAAGCUCGACGUCCUCGACGAUUUUGACGAACUCAAAGUUGCGACAUCCUACUCGUACAACGGUGAAGUGCUCGAAGGCUUCCCUGCGAACAUCGAGAUACUUGGCCAAGUUGAAGUACAGUACGACACGCUGCCUGGCUGGAAAAAGCCUACAACUGGUGUAACGAGCUACUACGACCUGCCCGUCCAGGCGAGGAACUACAUCGAGUACAUUGAGAAGUUUGUCGGAGUGAAGGUCAAGUGGAUUGGCGUUGGCCCUGCACGAGACCAUAUGAUCAGUCGAUCAUAG